AUGCAUCGUCUUCUUCUCAUUCUCCCUCUCCUGAUCCCCUUCACGACCUCCCAAUGUCGUGAUCUACACCCCUACUGUGAGCUCUUCAAGACCCUCGACCUCUGCACAAGCUCCGCCUCCCAACAGCCCAUCAUGAAGUAUAAUUGUGCUCAAACCUGUGAAUUCUGUGGAAAAAAGGCGGGAAGUUGUGUGGAUCGUCUGUCGAAUUGUGGGGAAUACAAGUUGACCGGAUUAUGUGAGACCGAUGAUAAAUUGAGAAUUGAGUACGCGUGUCCAGUCACUUGUAAUGUUUGUGAAACUCCUGUUUGA